AUGGACAAAAUUCGAAUUGAACUGCGCUUUGACAAAUCCUUUUAUUUUCCUGGCGAUCUUAUUGAGGGACAGAUUAUCUGCACAUCUUCAUCGGGAUUCGAAGUUGAUAGUGUUGUUGGACGAAUUCGAGGCGACAUUAUUCAAUUGUCUUUGGAUGAACGCCAAUCUUGUUCAAGUAUUGUCGAUGAAACAGUGGAACUAUGGAGACACUGCAGUUUGGAUCAAAUGCUUGGGCUAUAUGAUGAAAAUCAGAAUGAAACGUUCAAUAUUCCGCACUCGACGACGUUCCCAAUCAGGAUUCCGAUUCCAUCCAAUGCUCCGCCAACAUUCCAUUGUCCCGAGUCGCCAGUAAAUGUCAAAUACUCGAUUGAAAUUCAAUUGAAGCGAUUGGGAAGUGUUAUUGCCGUCCAGGAGGCCCAAAUUCCGGUUGUUCCUCGAAAUUCGCCGACGAAUUCCGCGGCAAAACCGAUAGCAUUCAGCAAACACACCAACUUCACCAAAGGUCGCUCGAUUUUUGUGGAGGUUUUACUCAAAACUGAUGUUUUCUCGACAACGGAUAGGGUCGACGCGUGCAUCAAUAUUUCAAACAGAUGGAAACAUUCGCUCAAAUACGUGCAUUUGAAUGUGGUCCGACGAAUUCAGCUACUCUCGCCGGAUGAUCGCGUUCUAAAGACUGUAAGGAUUGAUACGACAGGUGUUGGCCUUCCCAGCUACAAGAGCAAGGUGGCGGUUGGCGAGAGCUUCUCGUUCAGGCCCAAUUUCAAUAUUCCCGCGCUUCCGCCAACAUUUAAUGUCAACGGGCUUUUCAAAACGGACUAUCUUAUCAAAGUUUCAUAUGGAAGAUCGCAUAGCUUUAUUCUCGACGCUCUCGAGGUUCCCAUCAAGAUAGUGUCGACAAACAUUGAUGAGCGGACCUCAUGCAGAGACGACGUUCUUAUUGACAUCACGCCGACCAGCACGUUCAGUAAUCAUCAGAAGCUGAUCGACUUUUUCACAUGA